UUUUGCUCCACAGAGCUGUACCCAGCUUCCAUAAAUCUGAUCUAAAAAGUGUGAGCAUUUCAAGUAAGGGAGGAGAAUCUUUUCAAGAGAAGAUAACUGUUUUCACUCAGUUGUGUUGAGCUUAUUCACACCAUGGCCACUAAUGGUGUCAGUAAUGGUGAAGUCAGUGAGGCGUACAAGCGGAGGAAGGCCGACGGAGUGGCAGGCCAAAUAUCCCCCACCUUCUCCCCCUCUAAGUCCAAGCUAGCACGGCACAGGAACACUGAACUGGAUGAGAAGCUGUCCAAGGCGGGCGAGUCGCUGCAGUCCUCCAUGUUCUCUGACGAUGCUGUGCAGGUCAAGUUUGAGGUGCCCAGGUACCCCAUACAGGAGAAGGAGAGCAGGGACUACUUUGAACGUCAGCUCUCGUCAAGCGUUCCUGUGACGCCUGUCUCAAGUCAGUCUUUUAUAUUGGACGGGAGUGGCGGCCCGCCCCAAAUAGCCCUCCCACCAGACACCAUAGACCGCCCCUCAUCUAACAAGCCCCGCAUUUGUCACUUGCCCAGGAUCGACAGCAUCAUCCCAGCUAACAUUGCACAUGACCUGGAGGAAGAGUACGAGCUGCUGCCAGAUUUUCAGAGAAUCAAUGUCUCUGGCGAGGACACUAGUGGGGUGCCUUUCAAAGACCUGCAGGCGGCGUCUAAAAUGUUGGUGAGAGCCCUGAUGCUGAGGGAGAAGUACAUGUCCCUCGGCCACCAGCUGUUCCCCAACGUCACCGCCAGGUUCCUGGAGAGUCUGGAGGGGGAGGAGGCUUUUGGUGCCCUCAAGGGGGGCUUUGUCAAGGCAACAAGUCUUGAAGACUUGUCUGGAGAAGAUGUGCCAUUCAGAUAUAAAUACUCGGGUAUCAUAUAUAAAAACGCAGACCACCCCAUCCAUGCACCCCCAACCUGCGGAGACCCGUUUAAAGUUGAGUUCAUCCCCUCGGCCAACUACUGCAUGAAGUUUGAGAGGGGAGUCAUGUGCGUGUUCCCCAGCGAGGAGGCCGCUAAGGAGAACAAACCGUUUGACUGGCCGUGCCCCAACCUAGAGGAGUUCAUCAAGGACCAGAACAUCAUGUUUGCCAUGAUCAGUGAUGGCCCUUUGAAAUCAUUUUGUUACCGUAGACUGAGCUACUUGUCCAACAAGUACCAGCUGCACGUCCUGCUCAAUGAACUCAAGGAGUCUGCUGCCCAGAAGGAGGUUCCACAUCGGGACUUCUACAAUGUGCACAAGGUGGACACCCAUGUUCAUGCGUCUUCUGGAAUGAACCAGAAACACCUGCUGCGGUUCAUCAAGAAGACGAUGAAAGAUUGUAAAGACGAUGUCGUCUGCAAGAACAAAGAUGGACAGAGCAUGACGCUGGCUCAGCUUGUGGAUGAAACUCAGCAGUAUCUGAAGGUCUUCAAGUCAAUGAACCUCACCCCAUAUGAUCUCAGUGUUGAUAUGUUAGAUGUCCACGCAGAUCGCAACACCUUCCACCGUUUUGACAAAUUCAAUGCCAAAUACAACCCAGUUGGUGAGAGUCGUCUGAGGGAAGUCUUCAUGAAAACAGACAACCACAUUGGUGGCCUGUACUUUGCCAAAGUUAUCAAGGAAGUGAUGGAAGAUCUGGAAGAGAGCAAGUACCAGAACGCUGAGUACCGCUUGUCCAUCUACGGCCGCUCCAUUGAUGAGUGGGACAAGUUGGCCAAGUGGGCCAUCACACACAAAAUGUCCUCCGACAACGUGCGCUGGAUGAUCCAGAUCCCACGGCUUUAUGAUGUGUACCACGCCAACAAAUCUUGCCCCACCUUCCAGCACUUCCUGACCAAUGUCUUCCAGCCUCUGUUUGAGGUGACCAAUGACCCCAGCUCCCACCCUGAGCUCCAUGCUUUCCUCAACCAUAUCUCUGGGUUUGACUCUGUGGAUGAUGAAUCUAAGUCUGAGCAUCUGAUGUUGGAUAAAGACUCCCCUACACCUGAGAACUGGUCACUCCCUGAGAACCCUCCCUACAGUUACUACUUGUAUUACAUGUACGCAAACAUGGUGGUGCUAAACAACUUCAGAAGGGAGAGAGGGCUGUGUGAGUUUGUACUCAGGCCCCACUGUGGCGAGGCUGGCAAUGUCACCCAUCUGGUGUCUGGCUUCAUGUUGGCUGAGAGCAUUGCUCAUGGGCUGGUGCUUAGGAAGGUGCCAGUGCUGCAGUACCUGUUCUACCUGUCCCAGAUUGGCAUCGCCAUGUCCCCACUCAGCAACAACUCCCUGUUCCUCAACUACCACAGGAACCCUCUGCCAGAGUACCUCAACAGGGGACUCAAUGUGUCUUUGUCAACAGAUGAUCCUUUGCAGUUCCACUUCACAAAGGAACCUCUGAUGGAAGAGUACAGCAUUGCAGCACAAGUCUGGAAGUUUUCUACCUGUGAUAUGUGUGAGAUAGCUCGCAAUAGUGUCCUUCAGAGUGGCUUCCCCCAUGAGGUGAAGAAGCACUGGCUGGGUCCCAACUACCUGAGUGAAGGUAUAUCUGGCAAUGAUGUCAGCCGUACCAACGUGCCAGACAUCCGCGUGGCCUACCGCUACGACACGCUUGUUGACGAGCUCAGGUGUAUCUGCAGGGGGGCCAAGGGGCUGGACCACGGAGAUGGUGUGCUAUCAAAAACACUGUAAAUUUGAUGUUGUCAGAACCUAUUGUAGAAUUGAUGUUGUCUGUCAGAGCACACUGUAUUUUACUUACACUAUUUGCAUAGAUUUAUUUUUUUCAUUUGUAACUGUACAUAUUUGAUUAUUAGUCUUUAUUUUUCAUUUUAAUUUCUUUUAGCUAUUGUUCUGCUCUUAGUCAUAUUAUUGUUUAGUCAUAACUUUGAGUUUUAUUCUUUUAAUAAUUUCUUGUUUCUUUUAGUAAUUUUGAUAUGAUUUUGAUACAGGAUUAAAAGUUCACCUAUUUUUAAAUUAUGUGUUUAUUUUCUUUAAAUUGAAAAUAUUUUUAGUUCAUGACCUUAAAAUGGGUGUUGCUCAAUUUACAUGGCAUUUAUCUUUUUACCUUGUUGACAUGGAAGAAAUAAUUUUUUUUUUAUCUUCUGAUUACAAAAUGUAGAAGUUUACUCUGAUGGAAGAACUUAUGUAAUGAAAAUUGAGAGUUGAAAAUUAUUUUUUUAACAUUGCGUCUCAAUUUUUGUAAACCGAAUAAACCUGUAAAAUUUUUGAAAUAGCUAACUUUAAUUUCCUGCAAAAUAAGGUUUGAAUCGUGAGAGCUUUCAAGACAACAAUUGAGCAAAGCCCAUUGUUAUUUUCGACUCACUUUUUUUAUUAUCCUUACACAAAUUGCUUUGAAAUUGCUUUCAUGUUUUCUGUAUUUGUCAUGGUAAUUAGAAUAACCUAUCCAAUGAUCAGUUGCUUGUACCAUACAGAACUUUGUAUAUAUCACAAUUUUUUUCUGUAAUGGCUUUACUAAGUGUCUCAGUGCUUAUUAUGCUAAAUGAUAUAAUGUUUAUUUAUUUAUUUUAUCAAAACAGUAUGCCCCACCCAGGCCAUCCUGAAUAAUAAUGUAUUUUUUGAAAAAAUGAAGAUAAUUAUUGUUUUAGGCCUUUUUCUUUUUAAAAAAUAUAUUUGACCUUUUGUUAAAAAAAACAAUUAUUUUUUCCUUAAAAAAUUUUUUUGAAUAUACAGAAAUUCAAAAGUCAGGUUAUUUAAUAGAGUAACAAGAAAAUGUCAUUUGUAAUGAAAAAGAUCUGAAAUCCAUGUUUUCUAAUCCAGGAAAUUGUUCUACUCUCCCUUCUAAUCUCCACUUCCAAAGGCCAAUAGAAUUUGAUUCUGGCAAAAUUAAUUUUAGUUGUGGCCAGAUUUUUCAAAGAAUCUAAAAAGUGAAUUUUUUUAAUGGUACAUUUAGUAAUAAUGUGGUCAUCAUGAAAGCAUAGUUGGUUGUAUCGGCCCCCUCAAAUUCUUUACUCCUGUAUCUGAACCAGAAUAAGUUAUAAAUUAUUCCUUGAAAGUAUUUUAUGUUUUUAUCUUGUACCAUAUCAUUAAUGAUUAACUGUGAUACUUCAAAAGCUUUACUAUUUUUCUUUAAAAGUUCUGGAAGAUUUUUAAUUAUUUGCUAUCAAGUUAAGUAUGUAGUUCAAUACAAUUGCAGUUGUUACAGAAUAUUUUUUGUGUAGAUUAAUUUUGUAGCUGCCUGUCUAUUUAAAUAAUGUUUGACACCUCUGCUGUUUGGUGUCAUGUGGGGUGUUAUCAGCAUCUAAAUGGGGGGGGGGGGGGGGGGUUUGGGGAUCAAAGAAAUGAUGCUCUUAUUUUCUUGGCACAGGUUUAGGUAAAGGACCACACAUAGAUGACUAUGUUUAGGUAAUGACAUCAUAUUGGGUAAGCCAUGUUCUCAAAUAAAGUGAACACAGGAUUAGUAACUAGUAUAAUAUAGAAUCAAAUUAAGAUCAGCGUUAAUUUAAAAUAUAAUUUAAAUAAAGUGUUUCUAGAGUUUAAAAAUAUUAAUGCGUGUUACAAGCAUUUAAUACAAAAUAUAACUAAAAUAACAACAUUGAAACAGUUGGUACACCAAAAAAUUUUUAACAAUUGUUUCAUUAAUAAUAAUGGUGGUAGGAUGGUUAGGGAACAAUUGGCUUGUAAAAAAUGUUCAAACCUCACAUUAAACUUAACACCUCAAAUAGCUUUGUAGCAAGUAUUUGUAUUGUAGAAUAAACUUUGGCGUUAUAGAAUUAAUGACAAGACCUCAAAUAUUAAUUUUGUUUACUAUAUUUGUACAAAACGAUGUGUAUUCAAUUGGUUUCUAUUAUCUCACUAAACAGACUCCAUGAUAUAGAUUUGUUUCCCCUUUUGCAGGUGGUGAGAAAGGGCAUGCACUCCCAAUUUUUUAACUCCUCCAGUUGUCUGUCAGGUUUCAAGUACCAACGGGCCCAGCAGAUUACCAGCUCAGCCACCCUCAGUGUACAUCAUUGAGCUGUAUGUUAGAUUAGACACCAGCACACUCAUAGUAUAAAAGUUGUUACACUUUUUGUACUUGCAGACCCCUGUGUUAUUUGUAAAAUGAUAGCUUAGAAAUUUUAAGUGAUCGACUAGAAUGCUACCCUCCUCAGUUAUGGGAGGGGAAAAUAUAUUUGGACUGUCAAACUUCUUUUCAAGCUAUCUCAGCCUUAGUUCACUGUACAGCAUCCUUUUGAAAUUAAUGACUUUUUAGUCUCGAUAAAUGAAGACAUUGUUAAUUAUGCUUACAUGUGUUUUUUAUUUUCAUGUCUCUUAUAGUCUUUCACAACCAAAAAUUUUUUUUUAAUCUUUACAUGACUGAGACUUAUAUUUAAUAAAGUAUUUUUAAAUCCUGAAUUAAAAACAAAUUAAUUGUAUUUUAAUCUUUCAAAAUGAUUAAGUAAAGGUUUCUCUGUUUUUCUUUAUGAAAGAUUUCUAUACCUCUGCUUUUAUAAUUUUUUUUUCACUGCCAUUUUUAUGUUUUACAAUAAUCUAAUUCAUGCUUUUGGUCUGUUUUUUCAACUUUGUCAAAAUAUUUCUCAAUAAUUCUUUAUUUUAUUACACUUUAGUGUUCAGCACAUUUUAAAUUGUAGCCAACAUGAAGUUGAUAUUAUCAAAUAACUAAGUAAAGACAGCAGACCUGACCUCAUUGACCAACUCAAAACCUCUACAUUCUACUGUUCUAGAAGUGAAAUUAUUUUUACUUUACUUAUUCUACUUAAUCGACAAAAGUUUUUUAGCUUUUUAAAACCGAUUUGCUUCAUUUUUUUUUUGUGUUUACAUA